GUCUUAAGACUCUUAGGGAAGGGUCUUAAUGAGCUAACCACUAAAGUGGCGCAAUGCCAAACGCUAACGGCGCACUUGCUCUCCUAACUCCACGGCAAAGCGAGGCAUCUACUCAUAUGAAUGUGCGUACGUACACAGAGAGAAGGGUUGGAUUGGGGUAAAGUGACUAUGAUGUGGUGGUUUGUUGGGGCCUUCGAUUGCCCAGAGGAGGUCAACACCUUCUCAAUUCCUUAAGGGCAACUUGCGACGAGGUCAACGACUAACGACAUGUCUUCUUCAACGCCUAACGUCAUAUAAUAAAGGAGUACCUCAGGGAGGCCCCCAAUGGCCGCCCCUAGUAGGAAACUUCCCGGAUGAUUACCAACAUAUUCGGCCCGAGAAUAAACUUCCACGACCGCAAGCUACCGCUUUUAUAAAAAGAGUCUCUCUCACCUCUGUUCAUCCCAUUCUCCAUUGUUGCUUCAAAGACCAAAACAUUCCUCUUCCUUCUCGCCUCUGCAGAAGACCCAGAAUAAAAAGCAGGGAAAAGCAUCCUCUGCAAAUCUCUGGACGUGGGUUUCAGUUCUUCGAAGCAUCCUUGCGACCCAUCGAAGUUUUGGAUUUUUUCUUGGAUUGUUUGGUCUGUGAAGAAAGAAAGAACCGGAAAUGUCUGUUGAUUUUGCAGGAGCUGCUGUGGGAACAGCAUUCGGCGAGCUGUACUCGCUUGUUAAGGAGGUAGCAAAAACUGUUGCCGCGUUUCAUCCCCAGCUCAAGAAGAUCGAAUCUACCUUGAGUGAGAUGGACCCGAUCAUAAAGAAAAUCUACUAUCUCUACGAACAGCUGGACCGUCUGAAAGAGAUGGAUCCGAUCAAGGAACUAUUGGAUGAAGGCAAAGGACUAGUCAACAAGUGCUUGAUGAUCCACCCAGUCAAUCUGUACAAGAAGUAUACGCACUCGAAUAAGCUGACUGAGUACAACGCAGCUGUCCGUGAGAAGUUCCAGAUUUAUGUGCCGCUGCUAGCCGCUAGGAACGAUGCAGAGAUGUUGAUGAAGAUGGAAGAGAUCAUGGGAAAACUCAGCUCCAUCUACUCCAGUCAAGCAAACGGUGGGGCCCUCCAGACCAUGCUUGAGGCUCUGAACAACCUUUCAGUCCCUGCGGCGCCCAAUUUCAUUGUCGGGUCAGAGGUGGAGGCGUCCUUGAGCAAGCUCAGGGAGCGUUUGCUCAAGGAGGGAGCGUCCGUGAUUGUUUUGACUGGUCCGGGCGGGUGCGGGAAGACCACUCUGCUUAAAAAAUUGUGCCAUGAUGUAGCAAUUGAAGGCAAAUUUAAGGACAACAUCAUGUUCGUCCCUGUCUCAAAGAAGCCCAACCUGACAGACGUUGUCCAGAAAAUGUAUCGACAUAAUGGUUUCAAGGUACCCGAGAUUAAAUCGGAAGAAGAUGCAGUUCAUUGCUUGCAGCAACUGCUCAACAAAAUAGGACAAAAUCCUGUGUUGCUUGUGCUGGACGAUGUGUGGAAAGAAUCGGAAUCCAUUGUUGACAAAUUUGUCUGCGAUGAUAUCAAAGAUUACAAAAUUGUGGUGACAUCAAGAUAUGAGUUUCCUCGUUUUCGACCUGUGCAUCACCUGAACCCACUGACUCAUGACGAAGCGGUGGAACUUUUUCUUCAAUGUGCUACUGUUGAUGAUAGAAGCAUGGGUACACCAGAUACUAAGCUCUUAAGUGAGAUAGUAGAACACUGUAAGCGAUUGCCAUUGGUUAUUAAAGUCGUUGCCAAGUCUCUUCGGGGACAGCAUUAUGCAUUUUGGAGGAAAAAGCUUAAUGAAUUGAAUGACGGUGGUUCCCUUCUUGAUUCGGAGGUGGAAAUUAAUACUUGCCUCAGAAAGAGCUUGGACGACAUGAAUGGUGACCCUUCAAUCAAGGAACGUUUCAUGGACCUUGGCUCAUUUCCGGAGGAUUGCAAGAUCCCCGUCACUGCCCUUAUUGAUAUGUGGGUGGAAUUGUACAGGCUUGAUCCCAAUGGUUUGCGCGCCUUUACCGACCUCCAUGAACUCGUUUCUAGGAACCUAGCUGAUCUCGUAGUCACCAGGAGAGAUUCAAGUGACGACCACGAAUCUUAUAGCAGCCACUAUUACAAUGGCCACUAUGCUCAACAGCACGAUCUGCUCAGAGAGCUGGUUAUCAUGGAGUGUGACAAGGGGGAAAUAGAGAAGAGAGACAGACUCAUUCUAGAGUUGAAUGGAAAUGAAUUUCCUAACUGGUGGAGUGAGCAAAAGCAACAGCCUCUUAGCGCUCGUCUAGUGUCCAUCUCCACAGAUAAAACAUUCUCAACACACUGGCCAUAUCUUGAAUUGCCUAAAGCUGAGGCUCUUGUCUUGAACUUCGACAUGCAAUCUAAAACUUAUACUUUGCCUGAAUUCAUUGAGAAGGCAGAUAAACUGAAGGCCCUGAUAGUAACAAAUCACAGUUUCUUUCCGGCUGAACUAUGCAAUUUCCAUGUCGUUGGAGCCAAUUUAAGGAGGAUUAGGUUUCAACGCGUCACAGUUCCUUUCCUAAGCAUGGGAAACCUAUACUUGCAUAGUCUGAAAAAGAUAUCCUUUUUCAUGUGCUAUAUUAGUCAAACUUCAACGUCGAAUGAUGCUAAAAUCUCUCAUGCAAUGCCGAAUUUAGUGGAGCUCGAUAUUGACUAUUGUGAUAAUCUUGUGGCAUUACCAGAUGGCAUUUGUGAGAUAAAGCCUUUGGAGAAGAUUAACAUCACAAACUGCCAUAAUUUCUCCACUCUCCCCGCACAAAUUGGGCAACUAACCUCCCUUGAAGUGGUCAGGCUUAAUUCUUGUACAUCCUUGUCACUAUUACCAGACUCAAUUAGAAGCCUCCAGAAUGUGAAACUUCUUGAUAUAUCUGAAUGUCAGAAAUUGAGUGCCUUGCCGUAUCAAAUUGGUCAAAUGGUUAAUCUCGACAGAAUAAACAUGAGGGGAUGUUUGAAGUUGUCUGAGUUGCCAAGAUCGAUCGUGAAGUUGAGGAAGUUAAGGAAGGUGAUUUGUGAGAAAGAAAAAGCCGUCAUGUGGGGGCCUCUUAAGGACACUCUCCCUAGCUUGGCCAUCUCUCUCUUCGAAGAAGAACCCAACUUAGCUUGGCUUGAGUGACCAAGAGGGAGUAAUGACGUCGACGAUGUGUGGCUUCUUAUCAAAUAUGGAAGGUCGUUUUUGAACUUGUCAAUAUUGAUGUGGACCGACAAGUCAUAUUGUCUUUGAUAUUUUCAAGUCAGAAAUUUUUUAUUUUAAUU